UGGCUACGUCAUCAUCUUACUCGCACUUCCUAUGUGAUCUGUUGACUGAGUUUAUGUCGAAAUAAUCUUCACUUAAAAACACCGAAAUAUCGCUUCUCCGAAACAUUCUAACUCAGCCUAUGCACCAAACGGCUAUAGUAUUUUAAAAACGAUACUCGUUCUAUCGACAUGAGGGAGUUUUCAGUUAGGGUCUGCCGAUAAUUAUGGAUCAAAUUGGCUAUGACCACGAGAAGACGAAGAACACGGUCUAAUAGUGAAGACCACGAAAGCAACUCUAGAACAAUCAGUCAUCCCACAAGCAGCAGCUUGGAUAGUCGCCCUACAGAUAUGACAUCAUGUAGGGAUAGAACGACGGAGUUUUACUCCGCUGUCAAAUCCAUCCAGUCCCGUCAGGUCAAAGCUUCAGGGAUUGCUACAAGCCAUCCAGGCAGUCUUAAUGGUGUGCACCCACACAAAAGCCAGUUCUUUGUGAUAGCCAAACACAUUGGGCAUGACAUCAGCAACACUUUUGCCAAGCUGGAAAAGUUAGCAAUAUUGGCAAAGAAGAAGUCCCUGUUUGAUGACAGGCCGAUGGAAAUUCAAGAGCUAACACACAUUAUCAAGCAGGAUAUCAAUAGCCUAAACCAACAGAUUGCUCAGCUACAGGAGCUAGUGAAAUCUAAAAGUCAUUCUGAAGGGCGUCACCAACAGACACAUUCAAAUACUGUGGUUCUAACUCUUCAGUCAAAGCUGGCCACGAUGUCCAAGGACUUUAAGUCAGUUCUUGAAGUCAGAACUCAGAAUUUGAAGCAACAGAAAGAGAGAAGAGACAAGUUCUCUCAAGGGGGCUUUGAUAUGGCUAGCGCCUCUGUUAUGCCUGGGACAUCAGUCCUGCAGAGAGCAAAUACAUCCAAUGACAAUAUGCUUAUGGGUGGCAGCGACCACAUCGCUAUCGACAUGGGUGGUGCUGAUAACCAUUUAUCUCACAUGAACAAUAUGAGCCAGGCACAACUACUGGAUGAACAGGAUACAUAUAUCCAAAGCAGAGCCUCUGCGAUGGAGAGUAUAGAGUCCACUAUCGUUGAACUGGGAAGUAUUUUCACUCAGCUUGCCCACAUGGUAAAGGAACAAGAGGAGCAGAUUCAAAGAAUUGAUGCGAAUGUUGAAUCUACUGAAAUGAAUGUUGAAGCUGCACAUGGCGAGAUCCUCAAGUAUUUCCAGUCCAUCUCGUCCAACAGGUGGCUUAUUAUCAAGAUCUUUAUGGUGCUCAUCGUCUUCUUUGUCAUCUUUGUUGUCUUCAUGGCUUGAGUAAAUUCCUUAAAUCAAUCAAAGACUUUUAGAAAGACUAGAGGCAGUAGGUAUACCACUAAUCAUCAUCACAAGGCUUAGUAGGGUUCUUAGACUACAGGUAGUAGGUAUACCACUGACUUUGCAUGCUUAGCCAAAGGCUUAGCAAGAAGGAGAGGGAUUCCUAGAAUCCUGGUAGGAUUCCUAGAAACAGCGUGCAUGGUGUCAGCCCCCUCCUGCAUGGUUCAGAUGCUUAAGCUGGUACAAAAUCCAGAAACCAAAAUCAGAAAAGGUGGGAGGAGUAUAAGAAAUCAUCAAAGACUAAUAGGAUAAGAGGUAGUAUACAGAUGUCAACAAGAGCAUUCUUUCCCUCUCACCUUUACAUAUGUGGGCUGUUACAGAAACAUUGGCAGAGAGGGAUGGGGUUGCAUUUAGAACACAUAAAAGACUGGUAGCAGUGCAUUUUUGUUUUUAAGUUAUUGAAACGUUCUAGGAAAAAGCAGAGUCGACUCUCCCUUUCCUUCCCCCAUCCCCUUUUCUUGGUUCCAAGCAAAGCCUUGGUGCACUGCCAAUAGAGGAUCUAGAGGAUUAUUUCAAUUUACAAAAACUAUACAAAAGUUAUCUAAGCCUUCAAUAUUUUAGCUCAAAUAGGGUGGUUCUAUCGGAUUCACAGAACCACACCUGGAUUCGCCAUUGGCUCGUUUCAUAACGAGAAAAAUUGAGACAAGUUAAGUUGCAUUCAACUCGCCAUGACCUUAUUUCUAGUCUGAUUGAAUUGCGGGUGCUAUACCAUUCUACUUCAGUACCUUUUUUUUCCACUUUUUUUCCACACACACCAGUCACUCACAAAUAGGAUGUAGAAUAAUAUAUAGAAUUCGGCUUACUUAUUUAUCUUACAUUGUUAAUUUUAGUAUCCCGACCGUGGGUUGAUUUUUCUUGUCGAAAAUGUUAUCCCUUUGAAAAAGAUAAAGGAAGUUACAGUGAACCCUGAUAUAUAACGCACUCCCUUGAGACCUAAAAGUGUCCGUUAUAUGGUUUUGCCACUUAAUGCAGUUACAUUUCUUUUGUUUGACCGAAGAACUUUGAAUCUUGUUUUUUUUUUUUUGCAUUAAUAUUGGAGAGUGCCAGCUUCUUGAAGGUUCCACUGUAAUAAAACUUCGUAGCUAACGAUGAUAUAAGGGACAAUCUCGUUUUAUUCAAAUAAAAAAAAAGUUUUAUCCGUU